AACGCACACUCAAGCGUAGUAAAUAAAGCUUGUAGCUAUACGUCUUUCCUCUCACAGGGAAACGGACGACAUGAACACGAGAUCACACGACAUGGAAAUGGUGGUGGCAGCUCGUCAGGUGGAAGAGGUUACCAAGGCCCUCUUCCAUACAAUACUGCUGCACAGGACCACUGGAAAGUACGAAUACAGCAGCAGACACUCUGGGACCUUCUCGGUGGGAGUGGUGGGUAUGGAGGAUGUGGAUCUGUCCACCCUUGACUUCACCUAUGUUCGCUGCACCUCACGGGAGCUGGACCAGUGGUUAAGUCAGCAGAUUGAGGGGCUCCCCUCGUCACUGUGUCAGCCCGAUUCGCCCAAAACCGGAAAAAUUACUCUUGAGUUCUACGAGAGGAAGAAAGGUCGCUGGCUAUUGCCUGCAGAGAACGUCAGCUGGGAGGUGUGGCACCUCAUCCUCUCCCUCACAGAACCGACCUCUGAGGAAGAGUGGGAAGAAUGUCAACAAUGUGUGGCAGAGAAGCUCGCUACAACAGUGCAAUACAUUACUGACGUCGUCAACAGACCUGAGUACAUUCCUCGUAACCCAACUGCCGAGAAUCUUCCCAAUGUGUUUGACAUACGCUUCCCUGAGGUGCAGCCAUAUCUUCAUAGGAUUGUGAUAGGAGGGGCAGAAGAAACAGUGGCAGGGAGAAUGCAGAAACUCAUCAGAAACAUUUCCGGCUACCAAAUGUAGCUAUAGCCUCACACCCUCACUCCCCCUCCCUCCCCCCCUCCUCAUAUUUCUUAUAUCAAACUGCUCAUCGUCAUGUUUUCAACACUGUUACACAAAGAACCAAACAUAACAAUAAUAUGGCACCCACUAUGAAUACAACAAAUAUAAUGACACGACACCAACCAACUAUUUUACACCAAGUAUGGACAAUUAUGAUACAAUCUCUUUAAUAAAACAACAACAAAAAAGCUAGAGUAAGCGCCAAUAAAUUUUGAGGGCUACUGGAUGAAUCUGAGAUGUGCAGUGCCGCCCACACAUUGUCCUUUCUUUGAGGACCCACGCUAUGAUAAUAUACACUGUGAUUAAAUUGAUUCACACACACUAUAUGACUUGGAGUUGUACAACUGUACAAGAAGAUACGUCUUGGUUGCACACGCAAGAAAUCUGAGAAAUAGUGAAGAUCUCCGAGUGUCAAUGGCAGGAGGUAACAAAGGACGAUUGCCACGAGGGAUUUACUUCACGCGACUUGUGUAUGUGAGUACGUGUAUGUGUGUGGUUGCCGUGGUGAUGCAUUACUGCACUGUUUCCCCGAGUCGAUCGUCGAGGGCAAAGUACAGGUUGAGUUUGUCACCCGGUGUCCAGUACUGCAAUGGAGGAGAGGAGAGAGAGAAUCAAAAAUACUUGUGGGAGUGAAAAAGGUUUUUUGCGUGGGCUAGUGUGAAUGAAUUGAGGGCAAAAGUAUUCACAGUUCUAAACCAUGAAGAUAUUUUUUAUUCGCAGUAUUGGCGAGGUUUGUCAUAUAUAAAACUCAGACUCACAAAAUAUG